AUGGAUAGUGGGUGGUGGUUUGGUGUGUUAGAGUUGUGGUUAUGUGGUUGUGUGGUGGUUUGGGGUUUUGAGUGGUGGUUUGUGGGUGGGGAUAGUUGGGGAGGGGUGGUGGGUGUUUGGUGGGGGUUUGGGGGGGGUUGGGGGGUUGUGGGGUGGGGGGGAUGGGGUUUUGGUGGGUAUAGGGUGGGUUGUUGGGGGGGGGAGGGGGGGGGUUGUGGGUAUUUGUGUGUUGAUUUUAUAUUGGUUGGGGGGUUGGAAUGGGUGGUGGUGAUGGUUGGUAAUGAGGUUGGGGUUGGGGAAUUGGUGGUGGUGUGGGUUUUGGUGAUGGGGUGUAUGGGGUGGGGGGUUAUGGUAUUGGAGUGGGGGUGUUUGGGGUGGGUGUUAGGUUAUGUAGGAUUGGGGUUGGGUGGGGGGUUGGGGGGGUGGGUGAAUUGGUUUUGUGGUGGGGUGGAAUGGGUGGGUGGUGCUAUGGUUAAUGAGGAAUGGGGGGAGGGGGGGUUGGGAAUGGGGGGGGGUGGUGAUUGGUUAAUGAGGUGGUGGGGUUUAAUGGGGGGGUGUGAUAUGUUUAUUGAGGAUGGGGUUGAAUGGGGGUGGGGUGGUGAUUGGGUUAAUUGUGUAUGGGUUUGGGGAAUGGGGUGGGGGGGUGGUGAUUAUGUUAAUGAGAUGGAGGUUGGAAUGGGGUGGGGUGGUGAGAUGGUUAAGAGGAUGGGGGUUGGAAUGGUGGGGGUGGUGAUAUUUGUUAAUGAGGAUGGGGUUGGAUGGGGUGGGUGGUGA